UCCAACAACAACAACAACAACAACAACAACAACAACAACAACAACAACAACAACAACAACAACAACAUGGGGUCCGAUAGCAGCUGGCUGGAUAUACCCAGGGAGUCACAUUUCUCCCUAGCCAAUAUACCAUUUGGAAUCAUCACAGCUUCAUCUUCAGCCAACAAGCAUGCAGCAAUCGCCAUCGGAGACCAUGUCCUAGAUCUUCAUGAGUUUGCAUGCCGUGGCGGUUUUGCGGAACUCCAAAGCUUUACCUCUGCUCAAAUCGCAACCUUCUCGGAGCCUACAUUGAAUGAUUUUGCUGCACUUGGUGGGGAAGUUCACUCCAAGGUGCGCAAGUAUUUGCGAGAUGUAUUUACGAAGGAAAGCCCAUUCCCCGGUGUUUUGAGAGACAACGUAGAAACUCAGCACGCGAGUCUCUUACGAAGGGAUCAAGUCACUCUACACUUACCUAUGAAGAUUGGAGGGUACACGGAUUUUUUCGCAGGCAAGAACCAUGCGUAUAACUGUGGUUGCAUAUUCAGGGACCCCGCAAAGGCUUUGCAGCCCAACUAUCUCCAUCUGCCAGUGGCUUAUAAUUCACGCGCUUCGUCUGUCGUAGUGUCGGGUACGGAUAUACGACGGCCUCUCGGACAGACUUUGGAUGCAGCAUCCACCUCCGAGUCUAUAUUUGGCCCCUGUCGCCGGCUUGACAUAGAACUCGAGCUAGGCGCGCUACUGUGCAAGGGCAACAAUCUCGGGGAACCCAUCAAUGUAAAUGAGGCUGAACAAUACAUUUUCGGGUUCGUUCUACUGAACGACUGGUCAGCUCGGGACAUACAAGCCUGGGAAGCGGUUCCCUUAGGCCCUUUCAAUGCCAAAACCUUUGCAACGACUAUCAGCCCUUGGGUUGUGCUGAAAGACGCCCUGGAGCCAUUUCAUACUAGGGGAAUAUUAAACGAGACUAGUCUGCAUCCAUAUCUCCAGGAGUCACGGAAGGACAAUGUCUAUAACAUCAAUCUGGAAGUCGAGUUGAAAUCAACCGACGGUGAUACCGCAAUUUUGUCCUGCACGAAUGGUCACAAUCUCGUGUAUUCCUUUGCGCAGAUGAUCGCUCACCACACAAUAGGAGGCUGUCCUCUAGAAGUCGGUGAUUUGAUGGGAUCAGGAACGAUCAGCGGGACUAAGCCCGGAACGCUGGGCUCACUGCUUGAGGCCUCCAGUGGGGGUAAACGGAGCUAUGAUUUAUCUCCUACCGUUAGUCGUACGUUCUUAGAAGAUGGAGAUCGUGUUACCAUUCGAGGGUGGUCUGGUGACGAUAAUUCGGAACUGGUUGGGUUUGGAGAGUGUUCAGGAAAAAUUCUUCCAGCACGCAAGCCGGCAUGGUUGAAUACCUGA